AUGGCGUCUGACCUGGCGUCCUCGGCUGUGUGGGAGCACCUACCACCGAUCAGUGGUCGCGUGGGGCUCAUGCAAUCGGAGGACACCUCCAAGGUGGACCAAUCGCCACACUUGGCAAUGCUGAAACCGGCGCAGAAGCAUAUGCAGACGAUUGAGGGCAAACGCGCAAUGCUAAUCAUGAACACGUGCGUCUCUAAGGUGCUGCUAGUCGCUGCUUUUCCGCAGAUCGUCGCCAAUAUUAAGCACUACGAGCUACUGCUUGGAAGGGAGGUUAAAGUACUGUUUAGAGAGUAUGAGAGGAUUUCGACUGAAUACGAGGUGGUGGUGAAUGCCUCGUCCACGGAACCAACUGUCAGUUGUCAGAAACUGCAUGAAAUGGUGAGUAAGGAAGACGAUUUUUUGCGGAGAUCUGCAGACUCGAAGGAGACCACGCCAGUUAAAGUGCCUAUAGAACCACAGAAGACGGGGGAGCCCUUGUGCCUCAUCCCUGGGGUCAUUCGUCUUUUUCUUAAGAAGUUACAAGUCUUCCUCAAGCGAGACGUCGGAACCGAAGAGGAUGUGCUAAAAGACCGCCUUUUCGAUGUGACCCGUCAAAUCACCCGAUGCAUCGUGGCGGAGCCCGUGGUGACAGCAGCCCUGAUUCGGCAUUACCGCGAGUGGCGAGUCGAACCGGGCGGGCCGAUGCGUGAGUUGGCCAGUCAGUUGGUGCAACUGCGUUUCAUCCUGCGUCAGGUGCUCCUCGUGAGCUCCCACGAGAUCGCUGCGCGAGACGAGUACAUCGAGAGAGCGGAGAAACAGGGUGCCAAACAGGGCGCGACACUUCAACGACUGAUAGAUCGACUAGAGGUCAUGACCCAGGAGCACAACAAAGUGUCAGAGGAAAAGAUUCGUGAAAUUGAACGCCUGAACGCUUGUCUUUUGUCAACUGAGGAAAGGGCCACAGAAACGAUUGCAGAGAUGCAAGAAAAAUUUAUAAAGGAGCACAAGGAGGCUCGAAAAAAACACAAGAAAACAAUGCAAAUAUUGUCAGAGGAUUCUGCUGCUGCAAAGAAAAUGUACGAAGAGGAGUCAGCCGCCUUUCGCAAACGUGAGCUGGCCAUUCGUCGGCAAAAGUGGCGACUUGAAGACCAGCUAGAAAGCAUUGUAAAAAAAAUGGAUGACCAACUCUUUGAACUGCAGACUAAGUACGAUGAAGCUAAACGUCAAUAUGACGAAGAAUUGAAGGCCUAUGAGUUUCUAACUGCCAAAUUUGAACCUCUGAAGGUGGAAUAUGACGCAAUAAUGGAGGCAAGGGCAAAGGAAGAAGAGGCGCGAUUGCAGGCUAUUAAGGAGCAGGAUGAAAUGAUCAAAUCGGCAACAUUCAUCACGUCGCUCUACAGGGCCUUCAAGGCCCGCAAGCGCAUCAAAGCGGAAAGAAAGGGUCGCAAGUUCUAG